AUGAUGUCCACUGAGCAAAUGCAGCCACUGGAUCUCUCGGAAGACAGACUGGACAAGCUCGACCCUCGCUGCAGCCACUUGGAUGACCUUUCCGACCAGUUCAUCAAGGACUGUGAGCUCACAAAGAAGCCGAGAAAGGGGAGAAACGUACAGGCCGCCCUGAACAUCGAGGCAGACCAGAGGAAACCGCGGAGGAAAGACACCCCCGUGCCGCACAUCCCGCCUUUCAGACCCGGUGUAUUUUCAGAACAUUUAAUUACAAGAUACGAAGUCCAAGAGAGCCACCCAAAGGACAAAACGAGUCCAACUCUUCAGAACACUGACCUGGAACAGAAGAAGCCAAGGAGAAAAGACACACCUGCCCUGCACAUGUCCCCCUUUGCAGCCAAUGUGACACUGAUCCGGGAGGAGAGACCCAAAGUGAUCCUGGAAGAUGAGGAAAAGGAUGGUGACAAGAUGGCUAUUUAA